UGAAAUAAUAUUAUUAAAUACAUAACCUUAUUUACCUGAACUCUUAAGAUUAAAUAGAAUUUUAAUAAUACUACAAAUUAAAUUAGUAAGAUACUAAUUUAUUCGAGGAGAUGCAGAUUUUCGUUAAGUGCGAGUCGGAAGGAAGCGUACCGGAAUGGGCAUUAGUCGAACUGCAGGGUCUCAUUCAAAUGAAGGAGGAGAAACGAAACGGACCUACUGUAGUCGGCGACUUACAUUACUUCAAUAGGAGCCGUCACCCGGUGCUCGUGCUCGGCCACCACGUGCUCAAUGGGAAGGAGGUUAAGCUGGAGCAGGCGAUGGCCGUCAUGGAAAAAGUAAACGAAGAAGACAAAGUCUCUUACAGAGUAAAGGCCAUUGUUAAGAAAAAACUUUUAUUUAAAUCGAGACCAAAACCUAUAAUUUCUAAUGUAAGUGAAAGAGUGUAAUGUUAAAUAAAUAUGUAUUAAAAGUCA